AUGAGUCACCCCAGCAGGCCCAGUGACCUUCCAAAACACCCACAGACUGGUGAUUUGGAUUUCCGUGACGCUGUCUUUUGGGGAGACAUUGCCUUAGAUGAAGAUGACUUGAAGUUGUUCCACAUCGACAAAGCCAGAGACUGGACCAAGCAGUCUGCGGACACAGCAGGCCACAGCACAGGUGGGCUUGAAGAGUCGCCAUCGGAGAGCGGGCCAAACGCCACGACCCCUGACACCGGCGCCAGGGAGGCUCCAAUGGAUAAGGAGGGGGCCACGCUUCCCGACAGUCCCGGGACCUCGCACGUUGCAGCGGAGACCUCUCCCCGGGUCCGAAGAGCCACAACUUCCAGGACAGAGAGGAUAUGGCCAGGAGGGGUCAUCCCCUACAUCAUUGGAGGGAACUUCACCGGAAGCCAGAGGGCCAUUUUCAAGCAGGCCAUGAGACAUUGGGAGAAGCACACCUGCGUGACCUUCAUCGAAAGGACUGAUGAGGAGAGCUUUAUUGUGUUUAGCUACAGAACCUGUGGCUGCUGUUCCUACGUCGGACGCCGAGGAGGAGGUCCACAGGCCAUAUCCAUCGGGAAGAACUGUGACAAAUUUGGCAUCGUGGCUCACGAGCUGGGACACGUGGUUGGGUUCUGGCAUGAGCACACCCGACCAGACAGAGACCAACAUGUCACCAUCAUCAGAGAGAACAUCCAGCCAGGUCAGGAGUAUAAUUUCUUAAAAAUGGAAGCUGGGGAAGUGAGCUCUCUGGGAGAGACGUACGACUUUGACAGCAUCAUGCAUUACGCCCGGAACACCUUCUCAAGAGGAGUUUUCUUAGACACCAUCCUCCCCCGUCGAGACGACAACGGCGUCAGGCCAACCAUCGGCCAGCGCGUGAGGCUUAGCCAGGGAGACAUCGCUCAGGCCCGGAAGCUGUACAAAUGCCCAGCAUGCGGGGAAACGCUGCAGGACACCACGGGGAACUUCUCCGCACCUGGCUUCCCAAAUGGCUACCCUUCCUAUUCACACUGUGUCUGGAGGAUCUCGGUCACCCCAGGGGAAAAGAUCGUCCUCAACUUCACGUCCAUGGAUUUGUUUAAAAGCCGCCUGUGCUGGUACGAUUACGUGGAGAUACGGGACGGUUAUUGGAGAAAGGCCCCCCUGCUGGGUAGGUUUUGUGGCAACAAAGUCCCGGAGCCCUUGGUGUCCACAGACAGCCGACUCUGGGUGGAAUUUCGCAGCAGCAGCAACAUUCUGGGCAAGGGCUUCUUUGCGGUGUACGAAGCUACGUGCGGCGGAGACAUUCACAAAGACGCGGGGCAGAUCCAGUCCCCCAACUACCCGGAUGACUACAGACCUUCCAAGGAAUGUGUUUGGAGGAUCACGGUUUCGGAGGGCUUUCACGUGGGCCUUGCCUUUCAAGCUUUUGAGAUCGAGAGGCACGACAGCUGUGCGUACGACUACCUGGAAAUCCGGGAUGGCCCCACGGAGGAGAGCGCCCUGAUUGGCCACUUUUGUGGCUACGAGAAGCCAGAGGAUGUCAAAUCCAGCUCCAACAGGCUGUGGAUGAAGUUCGUGUCCGAUGGCUCCAUCAAUAAAGCGGGCUUCGCGGCCAGUUUUUUCAAGGAGGUGGAUGAGUGCUCGUGGCCGGAGCACGGUGGGUGUGAGCACCGCUGCGUGAACACAUUGGGCAGUUACAGGUGCACCUGCGACCCUGGCUACGAGCUGGCCGCCGACAGGAAGACCUGCGAAGUGGCCUGUGGCGGUUUCAUUACCAAGCUGAACGGAACCAUCACCAGCCCCGGGUGGCCCAAGGAGUAUCCCACAAACAAAAACUGCGUCUGGCAGGUGGUGGCCCCCGCUCAGUACCGAAUCUCCCUGCAGUUCGAAGUGUUUGAGCUGGAAGGCAAUGACGUGUGCAAGUAUGACUUCCUGGAGGUGCGCAGCGGCCUGUCCCCCGACGCCAGCCUGCACGGCAGGUUCUGCGGCUCCGAGACACCCGAGGUCAUCACCUCGCAGGGCAACAACAUGCGAGUGGAGUUCCAGUCUGACAACACCGUCUCCAAGCGCGGCUUCAGGGCUCACUUCUUCUCAGACAGGGACGAGUGUGCCAGGGACAACGGCGGGUGUCAACACGAGUGCGUCAACACGUUCGGCAGCUACUUGUGCCGGUGCAGGAACGGCUACCGACUCCACGAGAACGGGCUGGACUGCAAAGAGGCUGGUUGUGCACACAAGAUCAGCAGUGCGGAGGGGACCCUGGCAAGCCCCAACUGGCCCGACAAGUACCCCAGCCGGAGGGAGUGCACCUGGAAUAUCUCGUCCACCGCAGGCCACAGGGUGAAACUCACCUUUAAUGAGUUUGAGAUCGAGCAGCACCAGGAAUGCGCCUACGACCACCUGGAGGUGCAUGACGGGCCUGACAGCCUGGCCCCCAUCCUCGGCCGUUUCUGCGGCAGCAAGAAACCGGACCCCGUGGUGGCGUCGGGCAGCAGCCUGUUCCUCAGGUUCUACUCGGACGCCUCAGUGCAGAGGAAAGGCUUCCAGGCGGUGCACAGCACAGAGUGCGGGGGCCGGCUGAAGGCCCAGGUGCAGACCAGAGAGCUCUAUUCCCAUGCCCAGUUCGGGGACAACAACUACCCCAGCCAGGCGCACUGCGACUGGGUGAUCGUGGCGGAGGAUGGCUACGGUGUGGAGCUGACCUUCCGGACUUUCGAGGUGGAAGAGGAGGCCGACUGUGGCUACGAUUACAUGGAGGCCUACGACGGCUACGACAGCUCAGCGCCCAGGCUCGGCCGCUUCUGCGGCUCCGGGCCAUUAGAGGAAAUCUACUCCGCGGGAGACUCCCUGAUGAUCCGAUUCCACACGGACGACACCAUCAACAAGAAAGGCUUUCACGCCCGAUACACCAGUACCAAGUUCCAGGACGCCCUGCACAUGAGGAAAUAG